GCCCGCCCGCCGCUCCACUCAGUCGGCGUGCACACUCUCUAGCCGGCGUGUCCCCCCUUUGCUCCAAGACACCACCAUGCGUGCGUGCGCUCGCGGCACGCCCACGCGGGCCCCCGACGUCGUGCUCGUCGCCGUGCUCGUCCUGGGCCUGGCCGCCGUCCUCGAGGCCGGCAAUAACCCCUGCCCGCGGGCCCACCACAACGGCCACGACCGCAGCCGGAGGACCACGGUGUCCGGGCCGUCGCCGGCGGUCGGCACCUCGGAGACGACGGCUACGGCGUCAGCGACCUCGGCCGGCGCCGCGGACAAGACCACCGAGAGCGACGAGUCCGCGGUACCCUUCUCAGUCACCGGGUUUGCCGACCCCACGGCGCCGGAGGCCCCGACGAUCUACGUCACCCCGUUGCCCGGGGACGCGCCGACGGCCCCCGCCCUCAAGCAGUCCACGGCUAAGAGCAGCCGGCAGCCCGUGACUGCUCCCACCGACGACCCCCUGGACCUGGACGUGACCUCCUGGAUGACGGUGUCGUCUGAAGAGUCGAUGCUGGAGAAGGCUGGCUUGAAAGUGACGCCAUCGAGCGAAGUGUCGUCGAAGUCCGAGGAUGCCGUCGUCGCCGGCACGGCCGUCGUCGCCGGCACGGGGGAGCUGCCGACGUGGGUGACACCCUCGUCCGACGCGGGAGGCCGAGAAGUUGACACUUCCAUUGAAGACGUGCGGAGCACUCCGCUGAAACGCACCCCGUUAACGCCGCACCCCAAGACGACAAUGACGCCACGAAUCGACAAGGUGGCCAAGGUGGCCAAGCUGCAGGAAGAACGCACCCGCCGGCUGGAGAAGAUUCAGAGGGACUUGCUGGAGAGGAAACACCGACGGGUCAAGACGACCAGCACGGCGCCGACUUAUGACGUGGACGACAACGACGAUCUGAGCCUCCAUUCGAGCUCGGAUGAGUCGCAGCAGGUGGCCGUCGACAAGAGGCCGUUGACGAAGUCCAAGAAGCAGGAUGACGGCGCUGGUAAGCCGCACCCCGCGGCCACCAAGCACGCCGUCGACGAUUCCCCGGCCGAUCGAGCCCGCGAGAGCGCCGGCAGAAAGAAGCAGCGACGACCGUCAGAGCAGCAUGACCGCGAGGAUACCAGGGCGCCGCCGAGCAAGGCUGGCAAGCGCGCGCGGGCGCACCAGGACCGCGACGACCGCGACCGCUCCGUCGAGGACAACUCGUUGUCGGACGGGUCCUGGGAGGACAGCAGCGCGGCAGACGCACACGGUGGGCUGUCAGAUGAAUGGGGAGGACUGGUGUGCCCGACUACCGACGAAGUGUCCCUGUUCUCCCGCCAGUGCCAGUCCGACAGGGACUGCAAGUCCGUGGGAGAGCAGUGCUGCAAGGACCGUCUGGGGAUCCGUCGCUGUGUAUUUGGCGUACCCCCCAUCCUCCCCGACAUCCCCCACGAGCCCUUCUUCGGCGUCAUUGCUCGAGUUUGCCCCAGUUCGGUGGAAACACUCGUCGAGCCCUGGUCCAUUACAAAUUGCACCUCCGAUGACGACUGCUGGCCCAGAGUUUGCUGUACCGACGGGCACUACGCCUACUGCAGAACUCCCCAGCUCGAGUGGGAGAAGCUUCCGGGGCAACGGUUUGUGGCACCUCUGCGCCUGCUGAUGUCUUACCUUCAAUGCACACCUCCGCCACCCCCAGUAUUUGACUUAUUUCCGAAACCCUGUCGAAACACUCUUGACUGCUUUCCGAACCUCUGCUGCCAGGAGCGCGGGCGAAAAGUGUGCCGACCACCAAAACGCUCACUGCUUGCACUAUUAGCUUCCUUAGGACAGGGUGCUGGUUUUUCUUACAGAUCCGCUAAAUCAAGAAGUUCGCCCUAGCAACAAGUGAUAUUUUUACAAUUUGCUUUUAUUAUAACGCAAUUUUUCCAAUAAGAUAGAUUAUAAGUCUGCAAGUACAAAUAACCGGUGAAAAUGAAGCCAAGUGACUGAACUUUAGAAAUACAAUUAUGUGUACAUAGUCGUGCAGCAAGCCAUAAAAUUGAAUAUUUUACUAAUUAAUGUAUAAUGUUGCUUAUUAUUUAUCCAAUUUCUGUCUAACUUUGUAAUUUACAAAAUAAAGGGAUCGAUGAAAGAA